CACUCUUCGAAUUGCACCAGAGCUUGCUAGCUUUCGUCGCUGGCUCGUAUGUUUACAGCAAAUAUCCGCGUCAAGAGUGGCCUGAUCUUGCGAGUGAGCAGGCAAGCGAACCAACUCGCAACAGAUUUUGUCAAAUCGCGCGUCGGUCGCCUGCGACCUGAUUUCCUGGCGAGAUGUCAGUUCGAUUUCGAGCUCAAUGAGUGCACAGGCGAUGUUCGCAUCGUCCAAGAAGGGCGCAAGAGUUUCCCUUCAGGACAUUCCUCGCAAGCCUUCUAUGGCAUGAUCUUUCUGUCGCUAUAUCUGGCAGGCAAGAAUCGAGCCUGGUCGCUCGAGCAUACAGAUAGUCAUACGCAUCUCGUCAGAUCGAGAUUAUAUCGCAGCGCAGUAGUGAUUGCGCCAAUAUUCCUGUCGACGUACAUAGCAAUCUCGCGAUGGGACGAUCACGUGCAUCAUCCAACAGACAUAUUAGCUGGCUGCUUGCUGGGCACUGCUAUCGCCUUGAGCAACUAUCUGAUCUGGUGGCCAUCGCCCUUCGGCAGUCGAAACCACGUCACCAUGCCAACGCCGCGCCUUCAUUAUGCUAAGCCUGUAGUUGAAAGAGAACCUGCUGAUGAGCAAGUGUAGGGUCGACAGCACACGUAGAAUAGCAUGACUCUUUGCAUUGUGGGUAACAUCAUCGUCGUCCAUCGUGAG